AUGGCCGGCGCCUGUCUGGUCCGUUCGCCGCCGCUGGAGAUCCCCGACCUCCGCGCCUUCCGCGCGGAGGGGGCUCCCGCCGUGGAGGCCGCCUGCGCUCAGCUGCUGCGUCGGCGCCAGGAGGGGCGACUGGGGGAUGCGGAGACGGCCAGCUUGGCGCUGAGCUAUGUGGUGGCCGCCUCGGUGAACGCGCAAGAGCUGGCGGAAGCGAAAGAUGCCUGGAGACAUGUGGGAAUCAUUACGGACAUUCUGCAUUUCUUCCCGAUUUGUGCGCAGAUCCAUCUCUGGUCCUUGGAAGCCAUGAUGUCGCUGCUCCGCUACGAAGAGCACAGCGCCGCCAACAGCUUGGCGCGGCCGGUCUUCGACUCUGUGACCGAUCUCAUCAGCAUCCACCUCGAGGACACGGCCUUACGGAGCUUCACGCCGGAGCUGCCAACUCGCUUGCUGGCGAGCUUGGCUUUGUCCAUCACGCCUGAUAGCGUCAAGAGGCUCACGCAGACGCAUGUGAACUUCGCCUUGUCGUUGAUGAAGGAGCCUGAGGUGAGCCCUUUGACCACGGAGCAUGGCCUGCAGAUCGUUGUGCUGGCGGCCUCCACGCAGGGGCUCCGGCAGCAAGCAGAGGCUGCCCAGCUGGCGCUGCGCUGCUUCCGCGCGGAGCCACGGCUGGUGCCCAGGGCGCUGCUGGCGCUCAGUACCAUCUAUGUGGUGGCCACCAAGGGAGAUCAGGGCAGCUCCAUUCUGGUCCGAGAGCCCAGACCAUCUGAUGCCAUCGACUCUGGCGAUGACGAGAUGGUUCCGGUGGGCUUCCGCGACAUCACUACAACGAUGGACGUGUAUGCCAAGGACCGGAAGAUCCAAGGUGCUGGGGCUCGAGCUUUGGAGAGCGCCAUGGACACGACUGGAGCGAGCUUGCCGGCCUUGCUCCGCGACGGGCUUCUGCGCUCCCUCACGCUGGCGCACCAGCGCUGUCCAGAAAGCCGCUCAGUGGCCCUGUCCCUGUGCCGCGUCAUGGGAAAGACCAUGCUGCGCGCCCCGGAGCAGCUGAGCCCCGAGGUGGGCAUCAGCGCCUUGAGCGCGGGCGCCUCGCUGCCGCGGGACCGGGAGGUGGUCGUGGCAGCGCUGGAGGCGAUCUACGUCCUGGCGCCGAAGCUCCGGAACCUUUGGGCCGGACAGCCCAGCCAGACGGGGCUAGCCGAUCGGCUGGCGCUGGUGGCCGGAGAUUUGGUGCGAUUGGGAGAGGUGCGGCACAAGGAUUCGCACUGUGUGGGGAUGCUGCUGGUGAUCUUAACCUGCCUCGCCAGCGAUGGUCACGGCCUCACCGCCGGUGGCGUGCAAGGGGAGCGCUGGCGUCAUGCGCUCGGUCGGGCGGCCGCGGUGGCGAUUCCCUUGCGGGCGCUCUUUGAGCACAGCAAGGAGGUGGACAUGGUGACCGCUGCCGGCAUCGCCUUGCGGUGUAUGACCUAUGGCUCUGAGGAGACAUGCGCGCACGCCGCGCGCGCACGGGCGUGUCCCAUCUUGCUCAGCACGCUCACGGCCUACGCGAACAAGCCGGCGACCACGAGGGAACUGCUGGCGGCACUGGCGAAUUGCGCGUCCAUGAAAUCCAUGAAGGAAGACUUCCAAGCAGGCUUGCCACAGACUGCAGAGGUGAUCUACACCGCCAUGGAGCAAUCUGCUGACCGGGAGCCCGAUGUGCUGGCUCAAGGCUGUAGGGCCUUUGGGGCCUUGUACGCCACCCCGAACAACGAGGUGAAUCUUGGGCUAAAGCCGGGUGAGAAGAUGAAAAUCAGUUCAAAUGUACAGUGGAGCAAACUGAAUAAUGCCAUCAUCAAGACAGUCAUUGGCAUCACCGUGCACAACGGCGACGCGGUGGAGGGCAGCGCCUUCGAUGUCUUCGGCUCGGAGCGACAGCAGAAGUUGGAGUCGACCCGCCGGAGACUCGGAGAGCUCUGCAUGCAUCUGGCCAGCGGCUCCCUGGCUGCCGGGCCCCAGUUCGGACGGCUGCUCUCGCAGGGCGGCGAGCCCACAGCGGAGUGCACGCCUCGGUGGAACUCCUUGCGCUCGCGCUUGCAGGACCGCGAGCGGAAGAGGGGCCAGGGCGAGACCGAGUCACGAGCGGGCGCCACAUGA